UGUCUGAAAAUUUAUCGAGUACAUAGACUGAAGCCGUUGAAAAAUGAAAAUGCUAAAAUAUACUUAUGUAUGUAAAAUUUAAAAAAGAAUUAAAUAAAAUUGAGUUCCUCCUUCGUUAACGAGCUAGCCGUAUAAAUUUUGCCAACAACAAAAACAGGUAUAGCGAACUAGCACGCACGUCCUUCUAUUCAUCUCUGUUUCUCUCUUCCUCGCCAAAAAGCUCCCAAUCUCCUAUGGAUUCUUCCGCAGCUCGUAACCACCAACUCCACCGCGCCGGAAAAUGCCCUUCUUCUCGCCGGAUUCCGUCCUUCUCCUCAUCCCCAUCCUCCGCUGCCUCCUCCUCCUCCUCGCUCGAUCAAUCAAUGCAUUCUCAUGAUGACUCCAUGCUCGGUCCCGCAACCCCUCUGAGAUUAAUCUCCCGAAUCCCAUUCUCUUGGGAACAUUUUCCCGGAAUCCCCAAGAAUCACGUCCCCAAGAUCGGAUCCUCCCCCUCCCACAAACUCUUGCCGCUGCCUCCUCCAACGACCACUCGUCUUGAAGACCGGAAGAAGAAUUCCGUUCAGGGUGGCUUUCAGAGGGAUCCUUUCUUUGCUGCUUUGGUUGAAUGCUCAAAGUCUAAGAGCGAUUACGAUCGUCACGAAGAAGCUGCUUCCAGUAGCAGUCUCUGGACCAAUAAUGUGACCAAGGUUUCGAGGAGUCUUAGUAAUCGUUUUGAGUUCAUCGGUCUGUUUGCUUCUUGCAAGAGAACCUGUGCCGUUUCUGAAUCUCUGGUUCAUCUUCCGAGUUCCAGAGGAACGAGAAGUUAAAGAAACACGGACACUGUCCCAUAUACAGACAAUGGACUUUGAUAUGUACAUGUUUUAUCUCAAGUGUCGUAUUAUAUUGAGUGUUCGUGUUUCUUUUUUCUUUUUCUUUUUUUCCUCAAGUGUUGGCGGAGCUUUGUGUAGAAGAAAUAAUAAUGGACACGAUAGCCACCGAUUCCCAUAAGCUUUCUGAUCUCGGAGAUUCCUGGCUCGCUGAAAUGUGCUGGCGUUCUUGUCGGCAUUAAGAAAAAUAGAGGGCUCAAGUUAUGGUGAAUGGGUCCGUCUGUAUCGACAAUAUGGCACAAGAGUACUCUUUUAUUCAGAUUCCUCUGCCUUCAUUACAAUUUAUUAUCAAGAGGGAUUAUUUUAAAAAAUAAGAUUACCGUGAUCCAAGUCAUUUAAAUAUAAGAGUUCUGUUGACUGUUCUAUAAUCUAUAUAUUAAUAUCAUUUACGGAGCACUGGCUAGAUGCAUGGCUUCUUUGCCUGC